AUGGACGGCAAGAUCUUGAGCGACCAGCAAGACCACGAACGGCAGGCGUACGCCUAUUCUUCCGUCGUUCCAGAACAGGCCUUUCAGCCUCAGCACCUCUCGCCUCAGCCAUCGUUUGGCCAGUUCCGUCCACCGCAGGCCGUAUCGCCCGAGACCGUCUCACCAGGUGUCUUCACGCAACAACACUCACCAUGGCUUGACCCGUCGAGCCCUCAUCUUCGAGAAGGCCCUGGAUACGAUCGCAUUCAUGACAGCAGCAGAGGCCUCAUGGGUUCUGAUACAUACGCCUAG